CAUCCUACCCCCCCUCGAUGGAGAAGGCAUCUCACGGAUCGGGAACAAGGUUCGUAUUGCCUCCACCUGGCCGGCUGACACGUGAAGCGACACCUCCGCGAGCUACCUUACCCUCAUCUGACUACCGCAUAGGCAGAUUGCAAGUGCAGUGUCCAAGGUGCAGGCGUCUGUACCCGUACAAUGCAGAAGUUACCGACUCCCUGACCCUGGCCACUCCCACAAACCGGUUCUUCGGGAUAGCUGGACGUGCGCCUCUCGGAUCCUCCAAUGGAAUGAAGUCAACCCGUGGCGCAGGCCUUGGCCUACGUUGGGCAUUUGAAGCCCUGAGGACGCAACCGGCGAAGCUGAGGCUCUAUCCCCAACUUACAGCUGUGUACCAAAGCUCGCCUCUUCGUCUCCACUGCCUUUGCACCAAACAGUUUCCCUGCCUUGUUGCAUCAGGGCUUGGCCUAGGCCCACGGAAAAGAAUAUUGCCUUUCAGCUACUCAGUCGGGCUUCACACCUCCACCACAACCAUGGCUUCAGAGAAGAGAGGAAAGAUGACAGAGGAAGAGAGGAAGGAGCUCCUGAAUCCUCUGUUGCAGAAACAAUGGAAAAUUGUUGAUGAGCGUGAUGCCAUUCAGAAAGUCUUUAUGUUCAAGAACUUCAACCAGGCAUUUGGAUUCAUGACACGUAUUGCCCUGCAAGCUGAGAAGAUGGAUCAUCAUCCAGAAUGGUUCAAUGUCUACAACAAAGUGGAUAUCACACUUUCAACUCACGAUGUUGGUGGCCUCAGUCACCGAGACAUUCGCUUGGCAACUUUCAUUGAGGAUUCCUUUAAGGCUGCAUCUCAAUAGGCUCUGUACCUCGUGAAAUGCUCCAGUUUAUGCUGGAUUUUCUGUUAGUAAAUUUUGGAAGCCAGAAGUAGGAGGCAAAUGAGGAAGAAGGCUUGUAAAAAGAAAGAAGUCAGAUGAUUUCCUGUACAUGUCUCUCUUGAUAUGUCUGUCAUCUAUCCCCAUUUUUCUUUGAUAAAAAUUGGAGAAAACAUUGCAUUUACUACCAUUAAGUUGGCUAUAUGGAUAAAUAAGUAUAGGCGAGGGUUCUUUUUUUUUAAGUUCAAUUCUUGCAGAAGUAUUUUUAUAAAGUCUUUUGGAAACCUAGCUGCUCCAGAAAGUAUAUAUAGCUUAUAAUGGCCACUGGUGGAUUGGACAUCCUCAGCUUGUCAUGUGACUUGGUUGUGCCCCACUGGAGUUCUCAGGUGAGAGGUUUAAAACAAUGCUGAGUUGCUUGCAUCUAUCAUUCUCAAAAAUUUGAAUAGUGAACCAUGGAGCUUUUGUUUGAGGUCUUGUUGUCUGUCGCUUACUUUCUACAUAUCAUUGGAUCAUUGUCUUCCAUGUGAUUUCAUUGUGCAAUAAAGCCUUUCAAUGCUUGGCUGCCAGCUUGUGCCUCCAAUUUUAUUUUUUCUCUCACCUUUUUUCUGUUUGCCUUUUUUCCCCCUCAAUUUUCGGCUUCAAUGACUCUCAGAAUACUGC